AUAGUCUUGAGUGAGAAACGGACCGGCGUUUGGACUUCGGAGUGUCCUGACAUCCCAGAAUACUCCUAUUGUUUGGAACGAAGUUCGGAGCUCCUGGCAGUCCCGAGUCCCGAGUCCACAACAGUCAGCAAAAUGGCGUCGUUGUGGACGGUGAUGUCAUUCGUGUUCUCGUUGCUGCUGAUACCUUUCAUCAUGCUACUGUUAGCUAUCGUAUUCCUCGCAUCCAUCGGCAAAUCCCUUGGUGUGCGUAGGCUAUACAUCAAGCUGCUGCUGGCCCUUUUCGAGUAUGGUCGACAAAACAUAGAAAAUGUGAAGAAGAGAAAUGGUACCCUAGAUCCAAAUGAGGAUCUUAACUUAGAAGAAGAAUGUGAAUCAUCAACGAUCACGGAAAAAGAUUCAACGAUAAUAUCGCCUAAAAUGCAAAACGGGAAUGUGAGUAAUUCGGUGAUAGCCAGAUCGAAAGACUUAAUCUUAGUCCCCGAACCAGAAUUGCAUAAUCACAAAAAUCAUGUUAAUGAAUCGUGCCUCAAAAACGACCAUAAAUUAUCAAUAAUUGAUGACAAAGAGGAUAGCCUUAAUCAGAAAAACUCUUUUGAAACGCAAAUCGGAUUUGCGACAAGUUGUUUGGAUUAUAUCAGAGCUGGCGUUGAAGCAAUUAUAGAAGACGAAGUGACUUCACGCUUUGAAGCUGAAGAACUUAAGAAUUGGAACUUGUUAACUCGAACAAAUAGACAUUACGAAUUUAUCUCCUGGAAAUUAACUUUUAUAUGGAUGUUCGGAUUCGUCAUGCGUUAUUGUUUCCUGCUACCUUUAAGGAUAUUUAUCUGCUUUGUAGGGGUACUGCAUUUAGUAGUCAUAACAUUUUUAAUCGGCUUUCUGCCGAAUGGCCGCAUAAAACGUUGGGCGAACAACCAGGGCUCCCUUAUUGCAUUCAGGAUAAUGUCCCGUUCUAUCUCGAGUAUGAUCACAAUCCACAAUCCAGAAUAUAAACCAAAGAAUGGAGGAAUGUGCGUGUCGAAUCAUACGUCCACUCUUGACGUCUGCAUUUUAUCCACGCAAACGACUUUCUCUUUGAUAGGUCAGAGGCAUGGUGGUUUCUUAGGAUUGUUACAAAGAGCUCUUGCCCGUGCUUCUCCACAUAUAUGGUUUGAACGCUCUGAAGUCAAAGAUAGAGAAGCAGUUGCGAUAAGGCUAAAGAAACACGUAUCAGAUCCUACGAACCCACCGAUACUCAUAUUCCCGGAGGGUACGUGUAUCAACAAUACAUCAGUUAUGCAAUUCAAAAAAGGCAGUUUUGAAGUGGACAGCAUUGUUUAUCCUGUGGCUAUAAAAUACGACCCAAGAUUUGGAGAUGCAUUUUGGAAUAGCAGUCGAUAUUCGAUGUUACAAUAUUUAUAUAUGAUGAUGUCUAGCUGGGCUAUAGUCUGUGAUGUGUGGUAUCUCCCUCCAAUGCACAGGAAGGAAGGAGAGAGUGCAAUUGAUUUUGCGAAUCGAGUGAAAUCCGUGAUAGCGCGGCAAGGUGGUCUUGUUGAUCUGCAAUGGGACGGUCAACUAAAGAGGAUGAAGCCGAAAAAGGAAUGGAGAGAAAAGCAGCAAGAAGAAUUCAGUAAACGAUUAAAAGUCGAAUAAAUAAUAAUAUCAUUUCUAGUCAUUGUUUCGUAUGCGCAUAUUACAUGAUAUUUGUUUAUUUGAACAAAAUUAUUUAAUUCAAUUGGUUUCUCUGUUACAUAUUAUUUCCAUAUACAUCAUAAUCAUAAUGAGGAAAAUUUAUGUAUCCCUUUAGUCUACAUUAUUAAAUUUUAGCUAUAGAUAUGUUUGCAAAUAUGACAUUUGCACUUUUUUGUUAAAUUUGUAGAUAUAAAUAAUUGGCAUUCUAACAUUAUGCGAGAUGAUGUAAUAUUGUACAUUUAAAAUUACAUAAACGUAACUUUUUAAUGUAAUUUUUAAACGAAUUUGUAUGCUGUGUGGCUUAUGCCUUGAGAGAUUCAAAUUUUCAUUUGAAGUGCAAAUGUAAUAUUUGCUAUAAUUUUUAGUAGUAAGAUGAUUCGUUGAUUGCAAAGGCAUUACGAACUUAUUAUUUAUAUGUGAAAUGUGUAGUUAUAGCGUGUGAUAUUUUUUUGCAUGUGAGUGUAUGUAUGUAACAUCAAAAAAUUUUUCGAUUAUUCAUACUAUGAAACUAUUGAACAGUCAAACACUUUAGAUACGUUAAUUUUCUCUUAUCUACUAGAGGAAAUUGUUUUAGUUUUUGCUGUAGUUAAAAGAGAAACAAAAUAUUUAUUCAUUUUUCUGAAGAAGACUUAGCGAAAUGAUACAAUUUAGCACUCUAGAUUACCUGUCCUUAAGAAUACUGUGCACGACUGCAUUAUGUUAUUUUUCUAUUAAAACUGAAUAGCAUCUCGAUAUAUAUAUUUUCUACUUUUAUAUUUUACAUACAUAGAAUGCGAAGAUUUUUAGCGUUCUACAUUGCGAUGUCAGUAUAAUAUACAGUUAUGAAUUUAAUAUAUAAAUAAAAAUAUACGCGUGUGCAUAUUCAUAUAUCUGUGAACCCAACUGAAAAGGUUACAUUAAGAAUGAAAGAGAAAAAUAUACAAGUAUGAAGAGACGUAUUUUCUCAUACUUCCAACCAAAGUUAAAUAGUAGAUUUAAAAUAAGUGCUAUUUUAUUAUUGAUGGCAUUAUUAUAAU